UGCCUCUCGUAGGACGCCUUUCAACUUAACUCACAGCGAGAAAUCCAUGAGGUGUGGCACCACGGUUAGUCCCACGUCACACGUGCGGAAGCUGGGGUGCAGACAGAUUAAGAGGUAAUUAGCGAUGGCAGAGAAAGAAUGCUGACUAAAUUGAGGCUCGUGAUGCACACGCACAGGCUCUUGCAUAACCAACCUUAUAUCCUCUAAGGGCACUAUGCUCAGCACACAGUAGGGCCUCGUGGAACUAGCUGAGUCUAUUCUGAUGGGUUCUGAUGACUGUUCAGAGUUGAUAGAAGUUUCCAGGGUCCCAGUGGGGUAGACAUUUGGUGCCCAGAGAAGGAAGCUGGUGGCAAGGAGCCCAGCAUGUCACAGAGGGUGAUGUGAGCAGGGCCCAGGAAUGCCUUAUGUGGACCGGCAGAACCGAAUCUGUGGGUUUCUGGAUAUCGAAGACAAUGAGAACAGUGGCAAAUUCCUUCGGAGGUACUUCAUCCUGGAUACCCAGGCCAACUGUCUGCUCUGGUAUAUGGACAACCCCCAGAACCUGGCGGUUGGGGCAGGAGCUGUUGGAUCUUUGCAGCUGACUUACAUCUCGAAGGUGAGCGUAGCUACCCCAAAGCAGAAACCCAAAACUCCAUUCUGCUUCGUUAUCAAUGCCCUGUCUCAGAGAUAUUUUCUUCAAGCCAAUGACCAGAAAGAUCUGAAGGACUGGGUAGAAGCCUUGAACCAAGCCAGCAAGAUCACUGUACCCAAGGCUGGGUCCCUACCCUUGGCUACAGAAGUUCUCAAAAACUUAGCAGCUCCUCCCACCCUGGAGAAGAAGCCGCAGGUGGCCUACAAGACUGAGAUCAUUGGGGGAGUGGUGGUGCACACACCCAUCAGCCAGAAUGGUGGGGACGGGCAGGAGGGGGGUGAGCUGGGGUCUCAUGCCUUCCUGCGAAGGUCUCAGAGCUACAUCCCCUCAUCGGGCUGCCGUCCCUCCACGGGGCCUCCCCUCAUUAAGAGUGGCUACUGUGUGAAGCAAGGGAACGUGCGGAAGAGUUGGAAACGGCGCUUCUUUGUCCUCGAUGAUUUUACCAUCUGCUACUUCAAGUGCGAGCAGGAUAGAGAGCCCCUACGCACUAUACUGCUCAAGGAUGUUCUCAAGACCCACGAGUGUCUGGUCAAGUCUGGUGAUCUGUUAAUGAGGGACAACCUGUUUGAGAUCAUAACUGCCUCCAGGACAUUCUACGUACAGGCGGACAGCCCUGAAGACAUGCACAGCUGGAUCCAGGAGAUUGGAGCAGCUGUCCAGGCCCUCAAGUGCCACCCUAGAGAACCAUCCUUUUCUAGAUCCAUUUCUUUGACUCGGCCCGGAAGUUCUAGUCUCGGAAGCGGGCCUAACUCCAUCUUGUCAAGGAGACGGCCACAAGUGGAAGAGAAAAGAGCCCUCUGUAAAGCCCCCUCCGUGGUCUCCUCCUGGCAACCCUGGACACCUGUCCCCCAGGCUGGGGAAAAGCUACUGUCAGCUGAGAAUGCUCCGGAGGACUCUUUAUUCAUGCCUGGGGAGAGCAACGCUACAGGUGUGCUGGCAAGCUCUCGAGUCAGGCACAGGUCGGAGCCCCAGCACCCCAAGGAGAAGCCAUUUGUGUUCAACCUUGAUGACGAAAACAUACGGACCUCUGAUGUGUGACAUGCAGUGCCAUGGUGUGCAGGAGAGACAGGGCUGUGACUCAUUUUCUCUGCCAUGGUGGAGGACAGAGGCUAACGGCACUCAGUGGAGGGGCCUGUUCAGCCGGCUUGGCUUUCAUUAUUAUUGGCACAAUGUAUUUAAUUGGGAAAAGUUACUAGGUUAGACCCACAGGCAGACUCCAUUACUUCUUGAAUGACACCUCUCCCCUUUCUCUAGAUUUCCUAAUGA